GGUGUUGGUGACAUGACAGGGUGGAUAUGUGCGCAUUCACAUUGGACAGAUCGAUGCUAGAAAUAGCUCAAGCUUUUUGAGAGUAUGAGGUGAGUCGGUUUCGCCAAGUGCCAGAGCCACCUCGGCUCAAUAACGUGGAUAAAAAAAAUAUACUCUCAAAUUAUCAAAAAUUAAAUUACAUACAUCCACAAAUAAUUCAAAAAAACAUCAAAAGUUUCCAAAAAAAAAAUAUAUAUUUAUAAAUAUAAAAAAAAAAAAAAAACAUAAAAAAAAAGGUCCGAUAAUUUUUAAUACAUUCCGAUAGUUGAAUUUUUAAUUAUUGUUAAUUAAUAUACUGUUCGUGAUAUGUGAUAUAUAAUUGUUGUAAAAAUAUUAUAAAAAAAAAGGAUAUUUACGCGUGCGCUGUUUUCACGACCUUCGUAUAUUUCACCUACUAUUUUUUCUUCUUUUUAAUCUUUUUAAAAUAUUUUAAUUUUAAAUUAUCAUCAUCAUCAUUAUCAUCAUUUCCAUCGACAAAUUAUAAUUAUUUUUUUCAUUGAAAUAAAAAUUAAUUAAAAAUUCAAGAAUCUUGUCGUUUUUUUUUUUUCAAGUAAAUUUUUAAAAUCUUUGAUUCAUCUGAUAAGAAAAAUAGAAAAAACUAAAAACUUUAUGGUGCCGGGUUUCGGGGGAUGAUGAGGCUAAAACAAUGUGCAACGUACCAAUGGGGCUCAUGAGGCUUGAUUCAGGCCUCACCCACAUCACGUUAGGUUUAGAGGAUGCACAAAUUAGCCAAGGGCCUUAAGAAGAAAAAAAAGCAGAAGAAGGGAAAAAAAGGAGCUGAAGAAGACGAGUUUGAUCCAGAAGAAUUAGAACGUUAUAGACGUGAACGGGCAGAGGCCCUUGAAAAAGCAAGUGAAUCAACUGGUGAACAAAGUACAACAUCAUCUUCAACAACAACAACAACUGGUGAAGCAACAACAACAUCAUCAUCAACUGCUAGUGGUUCUGAUGAAUGGAAAAAAUUUCAAGCAUUAACUGCUGGUAUUGACUCUGUAUUAAAAAAAACUCAAGGUGAUUUAGAUCGUAUUAAAUCAACAUCAUUUUAUCAAAGAAAAACACCAAUUGUCGAAGAACAAAAACCCAUUGAAGAUCCAGAGACUAAAAAAAAUCAAGAAAAACGUUAUGUUGGUUUUGACAAAGAUGGUAAUCCAAUUGAACAAAUAAAAACAAAUACUGAUGAUAAUAAUAAAUUAGCUGUUAGUGAAGAAGGAUUUGUUGAAAUACCAGAUGAUGAUGAUGAUGAACAAGAUGAUUCAAAUGAAGAAGAUAUAUUUGAUACAACAUAUGUCGAUGUUUUGCAAAAUAUUGAUGUACAAUUAGCCUACAUACCAGACAGUCCAACUGAAGAAGAAUUUGGUGAUGAUCCAUUUGACACAACAAAUGCUGAUAAAGUUUUAAAAACAGUUGAUAAAAAAGGUAAAAAAGUUGUUAGUUUAGGUAAUGCUGUUGAGGUAUUAUCAGGACGUAUUGAUCAUGUAAGUACAUGUAAAAUAUCAAGACCAAGAAAAAUAUUAACACAUGAUUUAUUAUUAGAUGAUAAUGAUACAAUUGAUUGUGAUACAACAAAUCAAGAUUCAAUAAAUGAAUCAAUUGAAAUUGAAAAAACAUUACUUGAUGAUGAUACUGAUAUUCCAGAUAUACCAAUUGAUUUAACAAAAUUACCAUCAGUAUUACCAAGACCAGUAACACCAUUAGAUAAUAAUAAUAUUGAUAAUAAAAUAUAUGAAGCACCAUUAGAUAUAUCUGAAUUUGAACUGUUGAGUGAAAAAACAAUACUCGAAGCAAUACCAGAUUUUGAUGAUAUUGAUAAUAUUGAUAUUGAUAAUGAAGCAUCAAAAUUAGAUGAAGCUGAUGAUCCAUUUGCUGAAAAAGAACCAGAUAAUACUGAACAAAAUAUUGAAAUAUAUGAAGCUAGUUUUGUUGCAGCAACAUUUGUCAAUGAGGAAGAUCCAUUUGAUACAACAUUUGCUGAUAAUAUAUUACCAGGUAAAACUGAAUUAAAAUUUAUUGAAAAAGAACUUGAUGAAUUACCAGAAGCUGAAGUAUCAAUAUCAUUAAUUGAUCCAGCUGGUUUAAGACGUGAUUAUGAAACUGGUAAAUUAAAAACUGGACAAGAUACAACAACAUUUACAAUUAAUAAUAAUAAUAAAGAUUUACUUGGUGGUUCAACAAGUGAUUUAAAUAAAAUUGCUGAUUUACCAAUUGUACCAAUUGAAGAAAUAAAAUAUACUGAUCCAUUUGAUACAUCUGGAAUACAAGAACCAUUACCAGGUAAAAUUGAAUUAAAAUUUUUAGAACAAGAAUUAUUAAGUGAAAGUAAUAAUAAUUCAUUGGAUAAUUUGGAUGACGACGAUUUUGAUCCAAGAAAAGAAGAAGAAAAUAUUAUUAAACCUAGUAUUGAGGUAAUUAUUCAAGCUGAAGAAGCUAAUGGUAAUUUGAUAAAUAAAGAGAGAAAAGCAUCGAGACCUGAGGCAUUGAGUCUUGGUGGUGGUAAAAGUGUUGGCUUUGAAUUACCAACACCAUCAAAACGUCCUGAUCUUUUAAUAACAAGUGAUGAAGAAAAAUCAAUUUCAUCAAAACCAUUGACACCUUAUUAUACACAAAAAUCAAUUGAAGAAUCAUUACCUGAGGUAGAAGAAGAUAACGAAAUAAUUGAUGUUGAUCCAUUUGACACAAGUUUCGUUGGUAAAGUUGCACCAGGUAAAACAGAACUUAAACUUAUUGAAAAAGAAUUACUUAAAAAAGAGUCAAAAUUAACUCACAGUACAAGUAAUCAAGAUUUAAAUUUAAAUAAUCAAAUUGUUAAAAAUAUUGGACGUCGACAAAGUGAUUUUGGCACAACUACAGUUAGACCAAAAAGUUUAAAAUUAACUGACCUUGAAGAUUCAUUGAUUGAAGAUAAAGAAGAAAAUAAAUAUAAUAAUAUUGCUGAAAUAAAUAAAACAGUACAUAAUAAAAAAUUUACAAAACGUCAAGAGAGUUUAUUAGAUGCUGAUGUUGUAGUUGAUGCUAAACCAUUGACGCCUAAAAUUGAAAAAGUCAACGAAGAAGACGAGACAGAUAUAUCAUAUGUUGAUCCAUUUGAUACAUCAAUUGCUAAAAAUAUAUUACCAGGUAAAGCUGAAUUAAAACAAUUAGAAAGUGAAUUAAGUCAAAUAUCAACAGAAAUUCAAAAAGUUAGAUUACCAAAUAUUGAUCUUGCUAAAGUAUCAAUACCAGUUGCACCAAUAUUACAAGACGAAGAUAAUUUUGAUCCAAGAGCUGAAGAAAUUAGCAGUACUGAAGAUUUUCUUGCGCUUGAUCAUCAAGAUUUAGCUGAUAAAGUAUUAACUCCAUUGAGUAAUAAAGAAUUUUUACAAGAUAAUAAUAAUAUUGAUCCAUUUGAUACAAGUUUUGCAUCAAUUGGACCAGGUAAAACAGAACUUAAACUAUUAGAAUCUGAAUUAAUAAUUUUUAUCGAAUUAUUAUUAAAAAUGGAUAACAAAGGAGGAAAUCCAUUUUUGAUGGAUUAUCCAUCAGAUCCAGAUCCAAAUGCAAAUUCCCAAGCAUCAAAUCCAUUUUUACAAGAUUUUGAUGAACCAGCAUUACCAACUGGUGUUGAUAAUCCAUUUUUAAAUUUUACAAGUGAACCAGUUGCUUAUGAGCAUCAACAAUUACCAACAGACUCAACAAAUCCAUUUGCAUUUUUUGAUUCAUCACAUGAUGAACAGUACAUUCCAGAAUCAACAGAACCACCAGCACCACCACCACCAACAACAACAACAGCAGCGACAGCUGAACAAACAACUUCAUCAUCAGCAGCUGUAGAUUUAUUUGGUGUUGAGGAUAAAAAUGUUAAUUUAUUUGGAUCAAUUGAAACUGAACAAUAUACACAAGAUCCACAAGAUAUAUUUAGUCCACCAGCAGCACCACCACAAGAGUCACAAAUUUUUAGUCCACCAAAAGAACAACAAGCAAUAUUUAAUCCACCACAAGAACAAGCAUUAUUUAGUCCACCAAAAGAAAAAACAUCACCUUGUUUACCUAAAAAUGAACGACCACCACCACCAGCAAGACCAGCUCCACCUCCAAGACCAGCACCACCAGCACCACCAAAACAUACACAAGAUUUAAUAUUAUCAGUAACUGGUACAAUGGAUGCAACAUCAAAUCAUUUACUUGAUCGUUUACAAGCAACAAGAACACCAAGUCCAACAUUAUUACAUUCACCAUCACCAACACCAGAUCAUAGUUUUGCUGAUCUUGUUGAUGUUGAUUCAAGUAUACCAGAUUUAAUACCAGAUGAUAAACAAAUAAUUGAACAACAAAAAACAGAUAAUAUACUUGAUUUAUUUGAUGCACCAAAUAAUCAACAAUUAGAUAAUACUGCAGCAUCGAUUUUUUCAACAUCUGCAAUGGAUAAUGUUACGCAAUCAACAGAUGAAAAAAUAUUUACAAAUGACGUAAUAAUAACGUCAAAUAUUAAAACAGAUAAUCCAUUUGAUAUAAAUGAUAAUAUUUCUACUGUUGAUGAUGCACCAGUGACUGAUGAUAUUUUAGAAAUUAAAAGAUUAUCAAUUGAUGUUACAACGUCAAAUAAUUUUGAUGAUUAUUCAUCUAAUAUUGAAGAAAAUAUUUCUGAUAUAUCAGAACAUGUUGAAACAAAUAUAUUUACUCAAGAUAAUAAUAUUACAAGUGAUUAUCCCGAAGCAACAGAAACAUUUACAACUAAUAUUUUUAGUAAUGAAAAUACAGUAUUUACAACAGCAACAACAACAACAACUGGACCAAGUGAAAUUAUAGAUACACAUGUGCCAGUUGUACAAACUAAUAUAUUUUCAAAUGAUAAUGUUGGACAUGAUUAUUCAUUAGCUGAUAAUACAAAUGAUUAUUCAAUGAGCUCUUAUCAAGUUGAUGAAAAAAUUGAUAAUUUUACAUCAAUAAAUAAUAAUAUGACAAAUAAUAGUGAUAAUUUUGAUGCAUUUUCAUCGAAAUUUGAUAUGGCAGCUGAGCCAGAAAUGAAAACAACGAUAGAUGCAUUUGGUGAUCCAUUUGGAUCAUCCGCACCUGCACCAGUUGAUACCUCAAGUGAUGUUUGGGGUGAUUCUGCUGGUGAUUUAGAAAAUACAACUGGUUUUGAUGAGAAUGAUGGAUUUGAUUCAUUUUUAAGUAUGACUGCACCACCUCAAGAACCAGCUAAAAUAAAACGAAAAAAUUCAGGAGAUUCUGAUGGAGCACCUGAUUUUAGUGUUUUUAUCAAACCAAGAGAGGGUGAUGUUGGAAUUGGACCAGUGCCUGUACUGGCACCACCACCAAAGAGUCCAGUUAGUUCAGCCUACAAUGAUUCAUCACCGAGAUUUAAUCCAUUUGAUAAAUCUGGUGGUGGUCUUGCACAAGAAGCUACUGUUCUAUCUGAUGUACCAACAUCUGCAGAAAUGACAAGAACUGAUUCUCAAGAAACUCCACCAACUCCAUUGUUUGAUGAAGAUGUCAGUCAACCACUUGAAGAUUUUCCACGUGUAACAUAUACUGGUGAUGGCUGGGAAAUGCAAUUACGUCAACCAAAUAAAAAAAAAAUAACUGGUCAAAGAUUUUGGAAAAAAAUAUGGGUUAAAUUAGUUUAUCAAGCUGAUAGUCCAGUAUUACAAUUAUUAAAUAAAAUUGAAGAUAAAGAUCCAUUUCAAGAACUUCCAUUAUUAGCAUGUUAUUCAGUAUCAGAUAUUGGUGCACAACAAUUUGAUCAAUAUGGAAAAAUAUUUACAGUUAAAUUACAAUAUAUAUUUUAUAAAGAACGUCCUGGUGUUAGACCAGGUCAAGUUACAAAAGCUGAAAGAUUAACAAAUAAAUUAAGUCAAUUUGCUGCUUAUGCAAUACAGGGUGAUUAUCAAGGUGUUAAAGAAUUUGGUAGUGAUUUAAAAAAACUUGGUUUACCAGUUGAACAUGCACCACAAAUAUCACAAUUAUUUAAACUUGGAUCAAUGAAUUAUGAAGAUAUGAAAACAUUUUCAUCAGCAAUUGAUGAAGCAUUAUUUAGAAUACAUGUACAAAGAGAUCGUGCAUUAACUUAUAAAAUGGAAGAAGUACAAAUAACUGUUGUUGAUGAAAAUUAUGUUGAACAAAGUGCUGAUGGACAUGUUGAUAAACAAAUUGCACGUGUUAGAUUAUUUUUCUUAGGUUUUUUAUCAGGAAUGCCUGAUAUUGAACUUGGUAUAAAUGACAUGAGACGACAGGGAAAAGAAGUUGUUGGAAGACAUGAUAUUAUUCCAGUUGUAACUGAAGAAUGGAUACGUCUUGAAAAUGUUGAAUUUCAUUCAUGUGUACAACAAGAUGAAUAUGAAAAUACAAAAAUAAUCAAGUUCAAGCCACCAGAUGCAUGUUACAUUGAGCUAAUGAGAUUUCGAGUACGACCACCAAGAAAUCGUGAGCUUCCAUUACAACUUAAAGCUGUUAUGUGCGUCACUGGUAACAAGGUUGAACUUAGAGCAGAUAUUUUGGUACCUGGUUUUGCAUCACGUAAAUUGGGACAAAUACCUUGUGAAGAUGUAGUUGUUCGUUUUCCAAUACCAGAAUGUUGGAUUUAUUUAUUUAGAGUUGAAAAACAUUUUAGAUAUGGUUCUGUUAAAUCAGCUCACAGAAGAACUGGUAAAAUAAAAGGUAUUGAAAGAUUUCUUGGUGCUGUUGAUACAAUGGAACCACAACUUAUGGAAGUAACAUCUGGUCAAGCUAAAUAUGAACAUCAACAUCGUGCAAUUGUUUGGAGAAUGCCAAGAUUACCAAAAGAAGGACAAGGUGCUUAUACAACACAUAAUCUUGUAUGUCGUAUGGCACUGACAUCAUAUGAUCAAAUACCAGAAACUUUGACUGAAUAUUGUUUUGUUGAAUUCACAAUGCCAGCAACACAAGUAUCACAUACAACAGCAAGAAGUGUUAGUCUACAAAAUAGUGACAGUGAUGAUCCACCAGAAAAAUAUGUUAGAAAUUUAUCACGACAUGAAUACAGGGUUGGUAUUGAGCAUACACAGGGUGAGGGUCCAGGUGCUUAUGUUUCAGCAACUAAAAAAAUACCAGAAAAAACACCAGAAGUUAUUCAAGAAGUACAACCAGCAGCUCAUGAAUCUGACUCUGAUUCAUCAGAGUAAAUACAUUUAAAAAAAAAUAUAAAUUGUUAAAUGAUAAAUAUUAAUAUAAUUAUUUUAAAAAAACAAUUUAAAGUCAAGUAAAUUAUAAAAGGUAAUUAAUUUUAAUUAAAAAAUUGCUUUUAAUGUAGAUUAUUUUCUAGUCUACAUAAUAUAUACGAAAAAAAAAAAAUACGUAAUAAUAUAAAAAGCUUGCUUGAGAUAAUGACAAGAAAAAUUAAUUGUUAAUAAAUGACAAUACACUGCAUUUGAGUUUGCUAAUUGAAAAAAAAAAAAAAAAUUCAAUUCAAAUAAACCCAGG